GGGGGAGUCAGAGCGAAGAAUCGACUAGAAUGCUCGCGCUUUUUACCUUGCGCGCACUAACUCACGGAGGCUACCCGAGCAACUAACAGACAACAUUUGAUCUGUGGGAAAUAUUACAAGAAUGUAAUGUUCCAGAAAAGCGGAAACAAAACGGGAAAGUCUCGGUGAAAGUGAGAAUUGGGGAUAUGAAGUUUCAAGCCGCAAUUUAUAGCCUAAGUACCCUGAAUGGAAGGCUCAUUACCAUUUCAGUUGAAGCGACGGUUCAGGAAAUGAACACAUUUUUGGAGGAAACUCUAUUGAUAUCAUCAUAAUUCUUUCUAUCGAAAUUGAUCACAAUAAACACUUGAGAUGGAGAGUCGGAUUUUGUUUACUUGCAUACUGGUUGGAAUGUUCCUGCGGAAAUCAUGUGGUCAAAACUCAGCAACUGAAGAAGUGUUGAACUGCUGUGAGGGUGACAUCCUCUUCCUAUUGGACUCCUCGGGCAGCGUCUCAUCCUAUGAGUACUCCCGCAUGCUGGGCUUCCUGUCCGAGCUCCUCCUCCCCUUCUCAUUGGGCGAGGACCAGGUGAGGGUGGGGCUACUGCAGGUGGGCACCCAACCCCGCCUCGAGUUUGGCUUUGACGCCCACAAUACCCAAUCUGGCCUCCAGGAGGCACUGGGGAACACCAAGGCUCUGAGGGGCGACACCAAUACAGAGGAGGCCCUCAGGAUGGCCAAGGACUGGGUGCUGAAGCCUGGAGGGGCCGGGGGGGCCAGGACAGAGCUACCCAGGGUUCUAGUGUGGCUGACGGACGGGGUGAAGCCGGGUGAUGUGAUUGGACCAAUGGAGGAGCUGAGAGAGGAGGGCGUGGCCGUUCUGGUGAUCUCCACGGGCCACGGGAACUACCAGGUGCUGCGGCAGGUGGUCACCCCACCUGUGGAGUCACACCUGUACUUUGUGGACAUCGACGAUAUGAGUAUCAUCACCGAGGACCUGAGGGAAGCCAUUAUUGAGAUCCUCUGGGCUGAACGGCUCCAGGUGCGAGAUGUGUCCACAGACAGCGCUGUGCUGCAGUGGCGACCGGUUUUGGCCGGUUUGACCGGCUAUUAUGACAUCCGGUUUGGACCGGCUCCCAGUGGGGGAAUGGUUGGAGGAGGAGCAGGGGGGCCUGGUACCAGCCCCAGUACCAGCGGUGGCCAGUACCAGAGACUCACCCGGCCAGGGGACUCUAGCACGGCCAGGCUGACGGGACUAAAGCCAGACACCACCUACACAGCCACACUGACUCCUGAGUCCAACCUGCAGGUGCUCAACCCCCUCUCCGUCACCUUCACCACUAAGCCAGAGGUGUUGAGCCCAGCCGUGGUGACGGUGUCUGAUUCAGAGGCCAACAGUGUGAGGGUGAGCUGGGGUCCUCUGCAGCCAGAGUCUGUCCAGAGCUUCCAGGUGGAGUACUCAGCGCUCCCGGGGGGGAAGCUUCACAUGACUACUGUGGGCCGGGGGCAGAACUCCACCAUGCUGACCAACCUCCAGCCAGACACCCAGUACCUGGUCACCGUGAGCGCCCGUCACUCCUAUGGCCAGGAGAGGGCCAUGUCUGUAAAAGUGUGCACUGAGGAGGUGAGGCCGGAUCUUGCAGACCUGCGGCUGACCACAGUGGGCAGUGACUCUGUGCAGGUGGACUGGAAAGCCAGCAUGGACGGCCUCAGGGGCUACUGGCUCACCUGGGAGGGACAGGACGGCCACGGCUCUACCACAGCCCAGCGCUCCUCCUUCUACCUGCCCCCCAACUUACUGUCCACACGUCUGACACACCUGCCCCCCGCCACCAGAGUGUGUGUGUCGCCUGUAUACCGGACGACACGCGGGAAGGGCCUCUGCUGCACGGCCCAGUUUUAUUCAGAUGCAUCGGCUUGGGGCCACAGAUCAUAACAUUGCUGAGUUUAACAGGCACUGUACUAUGGCAAGGAUGGAGGGAGGAAGGAGAAGAACAGAUAGAAGAACAAUACAUCUGAACUUGCAUCCCUCUCUCAGUUCAUUCUAUCCUCUCUGGACAUCAUCCACAAUACACGAGGCCUUUGGCUUACAAAGCACUUGUGUUUAAUAGAUACUGAUACAAUACAUAUAGGCUUACUGUACUAUAAAACUGUUGCUCUAUUAGUCAGCACCCUAACUGAACUGUGGGUUGCAAUCUUCUGCAAUGCAGACAUCUUGAUUUUCACAUAUUGCCUAAAACCUGUAAUCACACCUCAAACAUUUGUUUGUUUGACUGUUUGUUUUUGAUAUGAUCUUAAGAUAGAGGUUGGCCAAGCAUAGCAGUCUAGAUCAAGCUAAUUCUGGUUUGCGGUAUCAUACAAGUUGUAGUUUUAAUCAAAAAGAUUAACGUACAGUAACACAUUUUUCGAGCGCACAGAGAGCAACUAUGCAAUAUACUUUCAAUGUUUCCCAAGGCACCCACCCCUAAUAUUUUGUAACAUUGAAUACAUGUGUGCGCAAACUCAGCUUAGACUUUAAUUGAAGGGCAAGUGAACACAGAACCCUUAAUAACAGAGAGGAACUAUUUUGAACUAAUUACAAAUCCCAAACAGAUUCUCUAUGUGGCUACACUGAUAAAACUACUAGUGAGAUGUUGCAGAUGUGUUUUUGAUAAAGAAUGGUCACACUGAUAUUUUCCAGGAUUGCUUUGACUCAUCAUCACCAACACUUAUACAUGGAGGUAUUGGCAAACUGUUACAUUGGAUGAUGCUGUAUUCAGUCAUACAGGUUGGCCAUUGAACCAGGGGGUAUCAUAAGUAUUCAUACCCCUUGACUUUUUCCACAUUUUGUUGUGUUACAAAGUGGGAUUAAAAUGGAUUUAAUUGUCUUUUUUUUGUCAACAAUCUACAUAAAAUAAUCUGUUAUGUCAUAGUGGAAGAAAAAUUCUAACAUUUGUAAGAAAUAGAGUAAUAUAUCUUGAUUAGAUAAAUAUUCAACCCCCUGAGUCAGUACAUGUUAGAAGCACCUUUGGCAGCAAUUACAACUGUGAGUCUUUCUGGGUAAAUCUCUAAGAACUUUGCAUACCUGGAUUGUACAAUAUUUGCACAUUAUUCUUCAAUUUGCAAGUCUUGCCAUAGAUUUUCAAGCCGAUUUAAGUCAAAACUGGAGCAAGACCACACAGUAACAUUCAAUGUAAUCUUGGUAAGCAACUCCAGUGUAUAUUUUGGCCUUGUGUUUUAGGUUUUUGUCCUGUGAAAGUUGAAUUUGUCUCCCAGUGUCUGUUGGAAAGCAGACUGAACCAGGUUUUCCAUUAGGAUUUUUCCUGUGCGUAGCUCUAUUCCGGAGCUUUUUAUCCUAAAAAACUCCCUAGUCCUUGCUGAUGACACCAUGCUUGAAAAUAUGAAGAUUGGUAUUCAGUGAUGUGUUGGAUUUGUCCCAAACACGUUUUGUUUUCAGGACAUAAAGUUAAUUUCUUUGGCAAAUUAAAAAAAAAGAAUAGUUUUACUUGAGUGCCUUAUUGCAAACAGGAUGCAUGUUUUGGAAUAUUUUUUAUUCUGUACAGGCUUCUUUCUUUUCACUCCAUCAUUUAGGUUAGUAUUGUGGUGUAACUACAAUGUUGUUGAUCCAUCCUAAGUUUUCUGUAAUCACAGCCAUUAAACUCUGUAACUGUUUCAAAGUCACCUUUGGCCUCAUGGUGAAAUCCCUGAGCAGCUUCCUUCCUCUCCGGCAACUGAGUUAGGAAGGACGCAUGCAUGCCCGCGGGAAGAUGUUUUGGGUUAGGGGUGCGGGUUGAGGGACGGGGGGGUGCCGAGGAGUAUUUUUGUUUGCUCAUACAGGAUCAAUAAAGGCCUAGUUAAUCA